UCUUGUUGCAUACUGUUAAGCAUGAAUAAUGAAGCUUGGUUUACUAUUGUAUCAUUCAGAUGUUUGCUGUCUCUUCAGACACACUAUCUUCGCUAGCAACACGUCUUCCCUGCCAAUCACAGACAUCGCCAGCUCCACGGCCAGAUUAGAUCGCUUUGGCGGUCUGCAUUUUUUCAACCCCGUCCCAAUGAUGAAGCUCGUGGAGGUGAUUAAAGCUCCAGCGACAAGCCAACAGACAUUUGAUGCUCUCCUUGAGUUUAGCAAAGCUUUGGGGAAGCAUCCCGUCUCAUGCAAAGACUCUCCAGGUUUUAUAGUGAAUCGUCUGCUGGUUCCUUACAUGCUCGAGGCUGUACGACUACACGAGAGAGGUCACGGUUCCAAGGAAGACAUUGAUGUGGCCAUGAAGCUAGGGGCCGGUUAUCCUAUGGGUCUGUUUGAGCUUCUGGACUAUGUUGGAUUGGACACUUCCAAGUUUAUUAUUGACGGUUGGCAUGAGAAGGACCCCGAUAACCCCCUGUUUGCCCCCAGUCCCCUGCUCAACAAACUGGUAGCAGAAGGCAAACUGGGCAAGAAAACCGGCGAGGGAUUCUACAAGCACAAGUAACACAAGAUUAAAUCAGACAACAAAAGCUGGGUCAACGAAAGGCACUGGACUGAGCCACUUGUCCUGAAAAGACUGUUUGAUUGUGAAUUUCAUAAAUGUAUAAAGGUUAAGAUAGUGAUCAGAUACACCACUUUUCCCAGGGAAGUCCUGUAUGAAAUUACCGGACACAUGCAAAUUAGUUGGGACAUAAAAGGUCUUUAAAACAGGGAUGUUGUCCACUACAUCUAGUGCCUUGCUGUGUUUGGUAAAGACUUGCGUUCUUUAAUUCUGAAUGUCUGUGGCAUUAAAAGGUAUGAAAAUA